AUGAGGUACGACAGAAUCCAAGACCCGCAGGAGCACCUCACGGCCUUUGAGGCUAGGAUGAACCUGGAGGGAGUGGGAGACGAGGUAAGGUGCCGCGCUUUCCCGGUCACCCUCGUGGGACCGACAAUACGGUGGUUUAACAGCCUCCCACAGGGCUCAGUGGCCAAGUUUUCGGAUAUUAGCCACGCCUUCCUAGCCCAAUUUACUACCAGAAUCGCAAAGGCAAAGCACCCGAUCAAUCUGCUCGGGGUGAUGCAGAGGUCCGGUGAAUUGACCAGGAAAUAUUUAGACCGGUUCAAUGACGAAUGCUUGGAGAUCGACGGGCUGACUGAUUUGGUUCCUAGCCUAUGCCUGACGAAUGGACUUCUAAACGAGGACUUCAGAAAGGACCUCACCAUGAAGCCGGUGUGGACAAUGCAGGAGAUCCAAAGUGUAGCCAGGGAAUACAUUAACGAUGAAGAAGUCAGCCAAGUCGUGGUUGCCAAUAAACGGCAGCCCUCCUACAAUCAAACCCGGCAACACGGAAGCGGAGAAAGACAGAAGGAACACGCCAUAGACGGCGGCUAUGGACACAAGACACAGGAUUGCUUCGACUUGAAGGACCCGUUGGAGCAAGCGAUUCGGGACGGAAAGCUGGCCGAAUUCUUCUACCUCAUCAGGGAGACGAGAAGGCGAGAUCACGACUGCGAGGGAGAGGAUAAGACCCGCGCGACGAAGCGACGUCACGAGCCGGAGGACAACGAACACAACCUUACCAUAGUGAACGUGGUAACAGCAAGAGAUGCACCUCCAAGGUCGAGGUCGGCACACAAGAAAGAUGCCAAGGUCUUGGCGGUUUCCUCAUCCUCUGUGCAAAGUUCCAAGAGGCUCCUACCCAUCUCUUUCGGUCCAGAGGACCAAUGGUUCGAUGAGACCACGGAAAAUCCUCCUAUGGUCAUCACGGCUAGAGUGGGAACCGGCCUCGUCAGGCGGAUCCUCGUGGACACUGGGGCAGACUCGAAUAUCAUGUUUCGUAACGUGUUUGACGCCUUGGGCCUACGGGAUGCCGAUUUAAAGACGCACCAGCACGGUGUGGUGGGUUUGGGCGACCACUUCAUCAAGCCAGAUGGGAUAAUCUCCCUACCAAUAACUGUAGGAUCAGGAUAG